AUGAGCAAACGUACAACAAGCCAUGAUCCGCUCAGCAACCAAUCAAUGGAUUUAAAAAAGAAGAAACUCUCCCAUCAAGAAAAUAUCUUCUCAGAUGACAUUCUUUAUGACAUUUUGUCAUUUCACAAAAAUGAUUUUCCAUUUAUUGUAAUGAAUUGUGCGUUGGUUUCAAAACAGUGGUCAAAUGUCAUUUUAGAAAGAUUGAAAGUGGAAUUGAGUUGUGGAAAUGACAAGAAAGUGAAUGGUCAAUUUUUACAAAAUGUCGAAACUUUUCACAUGAACAUCAAUGUAUUUGUCAAGAGUUUCGAAUGUGAAAGGUUUAGUUUGUUUAAACAAUUAACAAAGCUUGAUAUUGCUUAUGAAUUAGAAGAUCCUGAUUAUUUGGACCAUCUAAGAGAACAAGAUUAUGAAGAAUACCAAAAAUACCUCCAAUUUACUCACAAAAUUGGUAAAACGGGAGCAAAAUAUAUUGGUGAUCAAUUGAGACAGUUGACUUAUCUCAAUAUUGGUAAUAAUGAUAUUGGAGAUGAAGGAGCCAAGCACAUUAGUCAAUUGAAACUCUUGACUUUUCUUGAUGUUUAUGAAAAUCGAAUUAGCAAUGUAGGACUUGUCAAUUUCAGUAACGAAUUGCAACAUUUGACACAUCUUAAUAUCAAUUCCAAUUAUAUUUUCUCAGAUGAUGCAAAAUUAUUAAUUGAAAUGAAACAAUUAACUCAUCUCAAUAUUGGUGAUAAUUCUCUUCAAGAGGAAGGUGCCAAAUGGAUUAGUGAAAUGAAGCAAUUGAAAUAUCUCAAUAUUUCCAGAAACCUUAUUAGAAGUGAAGGCAUGAAAUAUAUUUGUGAGUUGACAAAUUUAACAACUCUCAACGUUUCCCAGAAUAGUAUAAAAGAUAAAGGGAUAGAGAAAUUACCAAAUUUGGAAAAAUUGACCGAGCUCAAUAUUAGUUACAACAAUAUUAGUAACAAAGGAGCUAAAUUGAUCAACGAGUUGAAACAAUUGACUUUUCUUGAUAUGGACUGCAAUGAAGGAGGUGAUAUGAAAGGAUUCAAAAUUACUAUUGCACUUAAAAAUUGA